UAGAGAGAGAAAUUGAAAAAACUGAGCUUCCGAGAGAGAGAGAGAGACACAGGCAGUGUCGUUUGCUAGAGAGAGAAACCCUCCUUUUCUUCCUUAGAGAGAGAAAGUGAAAAAGUUGCGAAAGAAAGAGGGAGCGGAAGAGGAGGAUCUGAUCGUCCUGGAAGAGGGUUUCGUGUUUGGGCUGGAAGAUUUAGGCGGUAGUAACUAGGUCUGAAGAAAAAGUUCGGUCUUUGGUGAUUUUACAGUAUUUUGGCGUUUUUGCCGGAUUGAAUUAGGUGUUCUUGCGACAAUUAGGGUUUUGCGGUGGCUGUAGAUUGUUUGGCUGAAAAGCCCUGGUUUUCUGUCCCAAUAUUAUGUUUCGAAGAAAAAGAGAGAAAGAAAGGAAAAGGGUAGUUAGGGUUUUGUAGUUACAUGUAUGGCGUCAGGGUCUGCUGUUGGAGGGGAAGGAGGCAAUGAUGGACCUAAAGAGAAGCCAAGGUACUCGGAGAGCAAAGUCUAUACGAGAAAAUCCUUCAAGGGUUUACGGAAUAACUUAACCAACAACAGCAACACGAAGGAAACCACAGCCAACGGCACUACCCUUACUACCGCUGGUACCACCACAGCGACUGCACCAACUUCAGCUACAACCAAUCAGAACGGAAGUAACGAGAACAAGGCUGCUGACGGUGGCUCAAUUAAAGUUUCUGAACCACUAGCCUUGGUAUUAGAAGACACAAGUUCUGCUCAAUCACAACUACAGUCAGAGCCAGAGCCAGAGCCACGUGAUGAUAACUCGAUUCAUGUUUCUGAAUCUCAAGCCUUAGUCUCAGAAAAUGCAGAUUCUGCCAAGCCACAGAUUGCUGCCUCGGUUAGUGUUUCUGAACCGCAAGCCUUACUGUCAGAAGACAUAGGUUCUACCCUUCCUGGUUGUGGCUUGAAUGAAGUUUCUGAACCGCAAGUCUUGGUAUCAGCAGACACAGGUUCCACACAGCGGACCCCGGACGGUGAAUCUAUUAGAGUUUCUGAACCUCAAGCUUCAGUGUUAGAACACUUAGAUUCUGCUCAUCCACCGGAUGGAGCCUCAAUUGAAGAUCCACAAACGCAAGUCUUGAUGUCAGAGGUCACAGAGUCUGCUCAGCCACAGCAACAACAGGAACAAUAUCCACUGCAGCCGCCCCAGAAGCAACACCAACUGCCAGGACUGGGGCAGGAGAAGGAGCAACAGGGAGACCAAGUGCAUGAGCAGUUAGGGUCACCAAAACAGCCAGAGCCACAGGAGCAACAAGGGGAGCUGUCACAGGAGCUAUCAGGGCAACAGAAACAGCCCGAACAACAGGAGCCACCCCCACUGCCUCCUCCCUUACGUGUGGAUGUGAUCUCAGAUGACUCCUCCAACCACCAGAGGCAGCAGGUCGAUGCUGCAGCUGGUUUACAGGGGGAGGAAGAUCCAGCAAGUAAUAGUGCUGGAAAGGAAGUUCUGGAAAGCAGAAUAAAGAUAAAUUUAGCUUCAGUUUCCAAGCAGGAGAUGAGAGAGAUCAGGAGGAAGCUUCAGAAUGAACUCAAUACUGUGAAGAUGUUGGUGAAGAGAAUUGAGGCCAAACAAAGUCAGCUUGGUGUUGCCACUAUCAGCAGUUCGGUUCCUUUGAGACAUAGUGUCCUUGAUAGUAGAUUGACAAGGGUAAAUUCAAAUGUAGGAUCUGUUGGUGUUCCUCGUGAAGUCACUGCUACUGUUACUACUCCAACACCAAGGCAGACUCGGCCUUUGCAUCAGCUUAGUGUAUCUGUGCUGGAGAAUAAUCAGGGUGCAGCUGAGAAUGUCGAGAAAGAAAAGAGAACACCAAAAGCUAAUCAAUUUUACAGGAACUCCGAGUUUUUGCUUGCGAAAGAUAAGUUCCCCCCUGCUGAGAGUAAUAAGAAGUCAAAAUCGAGUAGCAAGAAGCAUGGCUCUGAUAUGGCUUUUCGAUUUGGGUCAAAUACCAAAAUAUUCAGGAAUUGCUCUUCUGUACUUGACAAAUUGAUGAAGCAUAAGCAUGGGUGGGUGUUUAAUUCUCCAGUUGAUGUGGAGGGUCUUCGAUUGCAUGAUUACCACACCAUUAUCAAACAUCCUAUGGACUUGGGAACAGUGAAGGCAAGACUGAAUAAGAAUUGGUACAAGUCACCAGAAGAGUUUGCAGAAGAUGUGAGACUUACAUUUCAUAAUGCCAUGACGUACAACCCAAAAGGUCAGGAUGUUCAUAUAAUGGCUGAACAGUUGCUUACUAUGUUUGAGGAAAGGUGGGCUGUUGUGAAGGUGGAUUAUGAUCGAGAGACAAGGCUUGUCCCUUAUGAUAUUGGUUUUCCAACACCUACAUCCCGGAAGAUUCCUUCACUGUCAUUGCCUUCCCUUGAUAUGAGAAGGAUUUUAGAUCGAUCAGAAUCGAUGACUUAUCCUUCUGUUGACAUCAGACAGAGACCUGUUGUUACUACUCCAUCAGGUAGGACCCCUGCUCCAAAAAAGCCCAAGGCAAAGGAUCUGCACAAAAGGGAUAUGACGUAUGAGGAGAAACAGAAGCUUAGUACAAAUCUUCAGAGCCUCCCUUCGGAUAAGCUGGACAACAUCGUACAAAUAAUUAAAAAGCGAAACUCUGCACUUUUACAACGCGAUGAUGAGAUUGAAGUGGAUAUUGAUAGUGUUGAUGCGGAGACUCUGUGGGAACUUGACCGGUUCGUGACUAAUUACAAAAAGAGUCUAAGCAAGAACAAGAGAAAAGCUGAACUGGCAAUGCAGGCUAGAACGGAAGUGGAGCGAAAUGUCCAGCAGAAGCAGGCCCUUCUUUCAUCUGCUGCUGAUCCCCCUAAAGAAGCCAAUGAAGGUGAAAGAAAUGUUUCGAAUGUGUCUCCUGUACAAGUGGACAGACAAGCAGAUAAUGGGAGUAGGUCAAGUAGCUCGAGCAGUUCCAGCAGUGGUUCUGGUUCUUCAUCUAGUGACUCUGACAGUGACAGCUCCUCAGCAUCUGGAUCUUGAUAUAGGGCGCUAACUCUUGGUAUGAGUAGUUCAGUUGGAUGUCAAGAGGUUUAGGAGUAGGUGGCAGGUUCCCAAUUCAAAUGAUUUGGUGUGUUUGAGGCCGUCAAUGUCAUUAGGGAUCUGCAUUGUGUGUACAGGCUCAAGAUUGGCAAUAGUUGUGCCAUGGCUGGAUAGUGGGUCUGGUUCUCACAAACUGUUGUCAUGUCUGAUUUCUUCAAUCCACAAGUACCGUAUUUUGUUGGGGGGUGAGAAAAUUGUAUAAUAUGUAGUAGCCAAAUUGUGGUGAUUGAUUAGAUGCGAGAUUGGGUUGUUUCUGAUGAUGAUAUAUCACACUGUACAUGCCUAACUAGUGCAACUUCCCUGAGUUGUGGGGCCGUUUAAUCUUGUGCCAGCAGAAAGGCAGAUUCAGGAUGCCUAUAUAAAGAAAAAUUUAGCCUGCAGUUGAAGCUCAUGUAGUUUGCUUUGCUUUUGAGAAAAUAAUGUUAGGGUUUGCCCAAUCUUCGUGGGUAGCAGAACCAAGUCUGUGAUUUUGUGGUGGAUGGCCAUUGGAAGAAUGAUAACGCAGUUGCGUUUGGCCAUGUUCAAUAUAAAUGAUUGAAGGCACCAUCUUGGGGGAAAGUAGUUGCGCAUCGAUAAUGUUGAAGCCAAGACUGCCAGUGAAAGCAAUAAUGCAAAAAUCAUUUCGGACGCCACUUUCCAGCCCACGAUGCUUCCCUCUUCCAGUUCCGCGGCGGGUAUCCUUCUCCACUUCCUUUCCCUCUGAUUUCUCUCCAUGGUCAGGCCUCCAAUCCUGGAGACGAGCUCCGCUUAACGAGGAUCGAUUCUGGGGACCGAACGGCCCCAAGCCGCUUCUCCCUUCAGACAACGACGGCGAUGAUAUCCCUUUUGCUUCAGCCGUGGCUUCCGCAUCGUCACUCGCCGAGCUUGGUGCUAUUGUCCUCUCCACCGCCGACCCACUCGCCAAGUCCAAGCUUUCUCACCGUGCUUUCUCCCGGUGGGCUGAUGAAGGCCUGCCGAUUGGUUGCCACACCCCGCCGGACCGCCCUGCCCGCCCACCACAACCUCAGCUGGUCUCUCCCAAGGAGAUCCCGGCUCCGCGUGACUCCGGGCUGCCCCUCAACGCUUACAUGCUUCACAGUCUAGCUCACGUCGAGCUCAAUGCCAUCGAUUUGGCGUGGGAUACCGUUGUUCGGUUUUCUUCCUUCGCUAAGAUUCUGGGGCAAGGCUUCUUCGCCGACUUUGCGCACGUUGCUGACGAUGAGAGCCGCCACUUCGCCUGGUGCUCUCAGAGGCUUGCCGAGCUCGGUUACAAGUAUGGGGAUAUGCCAGCUCAUAAUCUGCUGUGGAGGGAAUGUGAAAGAUCCUCCGAUGAUGUUGCUGCAAGACUGGCUGUCAUCCCCCUUGUGCAGGAGGCUAGAGGACUUGAUGCUGGGCCUAGGCUUGUGCAGAGAUUGGUCGGUUUUGGGGACAACCAGACAUCGAAGAUUGUGGCUAGGAUUGCAGAGGAGGAAGUUGCUCAUGUAGCCGUUGGGGUUUACUGGUUUGUUUCUGUUUGCCAGAAAUUGAACCGUCCCCCUUCCUCCACUUUCAAAGAGUUGUUAAAGGAGUAUAAUGUUGAACUGAAAGGGCCUUUCAACUAUUCAGCUAGAGACGAAGCUGGGAUUCCCCGUGACUGGUACGAUGCGUCAUAUGCAAGUAAACAGGGCCAGAGUGAAAAACAUAAUUCAAAUGAGCAGCUCGCUGUGGUUUAUGAGAGGCUUGCUUCCAUUGUAGCCAUGGAAUGCCAGAAUGCAGACCUGGAUGGUCAGCGUGGGUGAUUGGUUAGAUAAAAAAAAAGAAAAAGCAGCUUCCAAUCUGAAAAUUGGCUGAUCCAAAACAUCGACUCAUGUUUGCUGGGUUUGGAAACUAGUAGAACUAGAACCACCGAGAAUUUUGUUAAGUGGUGGUCUCUGUGUAUUUCCCACAGUAAAUCUUUAGCUGAUGCAGCCGGUGUUUCAUCAUGUGUAAGUAGUAUGAAAAGUUUGGUCGUGUUUUAUGGCUCGUUACAACGUCACGGGGGUAGGCAGCGCCGCAGAGGCCUCGUUUAUGUAUAUUUGUUAACUGUCAUGGUUGUCAACUUCAUGCAGGUCCAUGUAGCUAGGGUGCGAAUUGGUUCUGUCGGUUAAUUAUUAAACGAUUUGACGGUUAGUGGUUAGUUACCAAACAUAAAAUGUAUACUGAAAAUUGUAGUGGU